UAUCCCGCAGAAGUAUCUCGAAUGCGUUAUUACAAUGUGACAUUAACGAACAAAAGGCUACAUCUCAUAGCAACUAUUGUUAAUAACACAGAUAUCACGAAUUUGGGUUACUUAAUUUCACACGAACUAGAUCAAUAUGAAGCGGUUCUUCAGUGCGGGAAUUCCCCUCAAACUACAACCAGAAAUGGUCAAGUGGACCACACUAAAGGCAGUUUUCUUCUGUUCAACAGUGUUGACCACGAUAGGUUAUGGAAAUAUCGUCCCAAUGACUACUGAAGGGAGAGCCUUUUGCGUGGUUUUUGCAUUAGUCGGUAUUCCUUUGACCAUGACGGUGAUCGCGGAUUGGGGUCGACUUUUUGCAUCCGCCGUUUCCACAUUUGUCAAGCACAUUCCACCUUUGCCAAAAAGUUUGCGAAACGCCAUGGUAGCCCGACGAACAUCUUCAUACGCAUUGUCUGCCGUCUGUUUCCUCUUCGUCUACCUAGCAGCAGGGGCGGGCAUUUUUGUCCUUUGGGAAGAAGAAUGGACAUUCUUUGACGGUUUUUACUUUUGUUUCAUUACAAUGACGACUAUAGGGUUCGGUGAUCUGGUGCCAAAAAAGCCGAAGUAUAUGCUCCUUUGCACACUCUACAUUUUGGUGGGAUUGGCUUUAACAUCGACUAUUAUAGAACUAGUUCGACGUCAGUACGCGCAGUCUUGGCGACAACUCCAAGCCUUACGUGGGCCGUUGGCUGAGAAUUUACGAAAGUUGGCCGACAACGCACCUGGAUUAGACGUUUUAGCAUUUCAACACGACCUUAUGAAAGUACUCACCGUAGUGUCAAUGCCUCGGAGAGUGGGGAGUAGAAGGAGCAAAAAAGAAAAGGAGAAAGAAUGGGAGGACGCUUUACAAGCGGUGAUAAAGGACAUGACUGUGAAGGCUACGCAAGAUAUUGAACCUCCCAUUGUACAAAUUGUUAUUUACGAGAGUUCGGUUUAAACCAUGCUAUAGCAUGCUAUAUGAUGUCUUUCGAACGAACAAAAACAUCUGAGAGAUGGUAUUACUGUUUUUCGUUAAUGUACAAUUAAAUGUUACUCUUCGAUA